AAUGUUAAAAACGUGCUAUUUUAUUAAUAUUUCGAACAAAAAGGAAUUAUGCAAUUAUAAAGUUUGAAUUUAAAAAAGUUUUUUAAAUUAGUUAUUAAUAUUUCUAUUUGGAAAAUGUAUCGUCAAAUGACAGUGACAAAUUUUUCUUUUAAUAAUAUAAAGAUGUUAACGAAAACUUUUCUAAUAAGUAAUCAAAACACAGCCAUAUGCCUUAGAAAUUAUAGUAAUGUAGUUAAUGAAUAUAAACGUGGUUAUUUUAUAAAUAGGCAUAAAACUAAUCUUAGAUUCAGUUCAUCUCAGCAUGUAAAUACAGAAAUUGCUAAUGAAACGAAGACCCAUAAAAAGAAAUAUAAGUAUGGAAAAUAUGUUGAGCUUUUACAAGUUGGUCUUACAACCAAACAAAUCAAAGCUAAAGUUAAAAGUCUUAAAUCAAAAAAAUUAUCAGAAUUUAUCGAAAAAUCAGAUUAUUUAAAAAAUAGAGAAUCUGGAAGAUUUUUAGUUUCUCAAUUAAAUUCAGAAGAAAUGAAGGAGUUGAAGGCUGCUAGAAAGAAAAAAAAGGACAAUUUGCUAAAGUUGACUACAGCCUCAUGCGAAAAAUUCUUAGAUUCGCCAAAAAAGCAUGUUCAACCAGUAGAAUACCAAAAAUUUGAUAUUGAUAUGUUUGAAAGCGGCGCUUUUCCAGCUGGUGAAUGUGACAGUAAGCCGUUAAUUUUUUUUAGGAAAGGAAAUGCUAAUAUAAAUGAUGAGCAUAAGGAACAUAUCAUUUCUAGUUUUGAAAAUUUAAAGGAUAUGAUUGAGAACAUCAAAUAUGAAGAAGAAGAAGAAGUUAAUUUAGAUUUACAGAUACAAAAAGAUUUAACUCAGUCGGAAAUAUUGGAUGUCGUUGAGUCAGAGUCAGUCCCACUUUUGCAAAGUGAAAGCAUAAAUUCAAAAAAUAGUAACAAGUCCUUAAAUAAAAAUGAAAAAUUUAACGCACGAUAUCACAAGUCUUUAGAACAGGAAAAACUUGCUAAAUAUAAUUCAAUUUUGAUUAAUUUAUCAACUUAUAUUAAUAUUUGCGUAUCAAAUGGAAUGUUAAGUCGAGCAUUUUCAACUCUUUUGUUCUAUCGAGAAAGAUGUAAAAAAUUAGAAAUAUGUGACCAGAAAAAGUCUAUUCCUAUUGAUUUUUUUAAUAUUUUAAUGCAUGGUUACGCUAAAAAAGGAGAAUUAAAUAAAAUUGAAAACUUAUUGCAAAUAUUGAAUGAAGACGGUGUAGAAAUUAAUCAUCAAACUUUUGCAAGUAUAUUUGAAUGUAUAGGAAGAUUGGACAAAAGCAACGAUAACAAUAUUUUAAUAACCAAAUAUUCAGAUAAAGCUAAGGAAAAAGGUUUUAGUAUAAAUGAUAUUGUCGAUAAAAGCAAUUUUCAAUAUGAUGAAUUAGAAAUUGUUCUUGAUGCGAUACGAAGAAUUGACCACAAUUUUAAGCCAAUAUUUACACCACCCAAUAUGCAAUACUCAAAUGUUUUACUUAAUUCGUUAAAUAACAAGCGCGAAAAUCAUAACUUAGGUUCAGAAAACCCAAACAGCAGUAUUACUUAUAACUAUUCUAAUGAAGAACUUCAUAAAUUUGCCAAGGAACAACUGUCUGCCGAGUUAGGUGGCAUUAUAAAUAUAAAAAGUAUUGAAGCAAGUCAAGAUUUUCCUAAUUCAGAGCAAUAUCGCAAGAAGUAUGAUGAUUUAAACGCACUUUGGAAAUCACAAAUUUGUGCAGCUAUUAGUAGGGAUUUGAAUGCUUUGAAGGCUCAAGCGAGACAUAAACCGAAUGGUCUAAUGACCUACUACGUUUAUUUGAAGACGCUUGAUUCAAGACAACUUGCUGAUAUAUUACUGCAAGAAAUUAAAAAGUUGGCCGAAGGCUCUGAAAGUUUUAGUCCAACAGUUGGUCAAUUGUACAAAGAACUAGGGCAGAAAGUUCAAACAAAGUAUCACAUAGAAUCAAAAAAGCAAAACGGUGUAUUAGAAAAGACUGGCAACAUUUAUAGAGAAUACUGCGAAAGUGUACGAAACAGAAAUGGUGAUUCUAAUACAAGGCAAAUAUGGCAGAAAUUGAUUCAUGAAAAUCGUUCAUGGGGCCCAAGCAUGAACAUAAAUGAGACUCCAUGGCCAAACAAUGUUCUUAUUAAUGUUGGCAAAUUCCUCUAUAACAUAUUAAUACGUGAUAUAAAAAUUGAUUCAAAUAUUUUAAAAAAUAAUGUUACAGCGCAAAAAAAAAAUUUGUUUCCAGCUUUUUAUACUCUAUAUAGAAAUCAUGGACGGCUUGUAAAAGAAGAAAUUAAACCACAUCCAAUUUUAUCUAGACUUUUGAGGGUCUCAAAACAAAAAAAUUUAACGUUUAAUGCCAAUCAGAUACCCAUGUUGUGCCCUCCCCAGCCGUGGAGCACACCUGUGAAUGGGGGUUAUCUUUUAAGUAAAUCAGAUUUAAUAAGGUUGCCUCAUCAAGCUAUACAGCAAUUGGCAAGAAUAAAUGAAAUGCCAAAUGAAAAUAUUUACCCAGCACUAGAUUCCUUAAAUCAAUUAUCGAGCAUACCGUGGAGAGUCAACACAGAUAUAUUAGAUGUUAUAUUAGAAGUAUUUCAAAAUGGAGGAGAUCAUAAAUUGGACGUUCCAGAAUCACCAAAUAGUCUACCACCUCUGCCUUCAAUUCCCCAAAAAAGUUCGAAAUUAACAAACAAUGAAAGAGCUCAAAUGUUUAAACAAAAGAUGGCGCGAAGACGAAAGCAGGCUGAAAUGUAUAGCUUAUGGUGCGAUACUUUAUACCGUUUGUCUCUUGCAAAUCACUAUCGGGAUAGAGUAUUUUGGUUACCGCAUAACAUGGAUUUUAGGGGUCGGGUAUAUCCUAUUCCACCUCACUUAAAUCAUUUGGGGUCAGAUUUAGCUCGAUCUAUAUUAGUCUUUGAUAAAAAACGACCAUUGGGUCCAGAUGGACUUAUGUGGUUGAAACUUCAUUGUAUCAAUUUAACUGGAUUAAAAAAACGUGAAUCGGUUAGGGAAAGAAUUCUCUACGCUGAACAAAUCAUGGAUGAAAUUUUAGAUUCAGCUAAUAAUCCAUUAAACGGCGGGAAAUGGUGGUCGAAAUCAGAUGAACCAUGGCAAACCUUAGCAUGUUGCAUGGAAAUAGCUAAAGUAUUAAAAUCACCAAACCCGGAAGAAUAUAUGAGUGGUUUUCCUAUACAUCAAGAUGGCUCUUGUAAUGGAUUGCAGCAUUACGCUGCUUUGGGUCGUGAUGUGGCUGGGGCAUAUAGUGUCAAUCUCUCACCAUCUGAUAGUCCACAAGAUGUAUAUAGUGCUAUAGCAACACUAGUUGAAAAAGCUCGACAAACCGAUGCAAGCAAUGGUCUUCAUGUAGCUCAAAUUUUAGACGGAUAUGUUAGACGCAAAGUAAUUAAGCAAACAGUUAUGACCACUGUUUAUGGCGUUACACGAUAUGGUGCUAGAUUACAAAUAGCUCGACAGUUAAAAGAUAUUGAGGAUUUUCCAAAAGAGUGGGUCUGGCCCGCAUCAACUUAUUUGACGACUAAAACAUUCGAUAGUUUGCGUGAAAUGUUUACGUCAGCCAAGGAAAUUCAAGACUGGUUUACUGAUUGUGCUAGAUUUAUAUCAUCAACUUGCAUGCAAAAUGUAGAGUGGACAACUCCUUUAGGAUUACCGGUUGUACAACCUUACAGUCGUAUGGAACACAGAAAAACAAGAUCUGCUCAUGUUGGUGAAACAAUGUCUUUAGACAUGUACGAAAAACCAAACGUAAUGAAGCAGAAAAAUGCUUUUCCACCUAAUUUUAUACAUUCAUUGGACUCCAGUCAUAUGAUGUUAACGUCAUUAUUUUGUGAAAGGAAUGAAAUUACUUUUAUUUCUGUUCAUGAUUGCUUUUGGACACACGCUUGCACCGUUCCUGAUAUGAAUAAAAUUUGCAGAGAACAGUUUGUUGCACUUCAUUCUCAACCGAUUUUAGAAGAUCUUUCUAAAUUUAUGAUAAAUAAAUAUAGUUUUAAAGAAAGUGAAUUGAAUAGCGAAAACCUGGUUUUGAACGCAGCAAAGCAAAAAUUAAAUCAAACCUUAAAACAAAUGCCCCCCAAGGGUGAUUUUGACCUGCAGACAGUUUUAAAAUCAACAUAUUUUUUCAGCUAAAGUUUUAUAUAUUUAGAACAAUAGAAAUUUCAAAAUACAUUUAUAAGAAUAUUUUUAAAAUUAUUAAAAAAUUAUCUGUUAAUCUUGAUUUCUUUUUUUAGCAAAAUCUUUUAA